GUACAGGAUUACUGCCGGGACCAAUCGCAGAACUGCACGCAACGCUGACAACCGACGAUAGUAUCUCGCUCGAAUGGGAAUCCCCCGACGAUGGCAGUAAUGUAACCGAUUACGUUCUCUACUACCAAAAGGUUGAAAAUACAUCAAUGCACGAAACCAUACUGAAACUAGACAAUCAAGUAAACGUGAGUGAUACAUCUUACACUUUAAAAAAUUUGGAAAAGAGCGCCUUCUACCAACUGUUCGUUGUAUCCCGAAACCAGCACGGCACAUCUCUACCUUCGUCGAUACUUACACUUCAGGUGGCCAAAUCAGAUGGCGAACGUGUCAGCGGGGUGACAUCUCCCCCACAUUCGCUGGCGAUAGCGAGCCACAGUGCGACUUGGGUGACGAUAACGUGGCAACCUCCCGCUUUCAGCCUUCCGUCCCAGCAGAUCACCUACCGACUUUACCACAAAUCGACAGCGGACGAUCACUACCAGAUCACGAACAUCUCGGUCACAUCGCAUACGAUACAGAAGCUCAACCCGAACACCCAGUAUAUCGUAUACGUCACCGCGAUAUCCGACAAGGGGCAAAGUACGCCCUCGGAGACGUUGAUCGCGUGGACGGAUCCCGCCUACCCCGCAUUUGUGGAGCCCCCGACCGUGCAUCCGAUAAAUUUGGUGAUGGAGGGUAGCAGUAUGACGAUCCUUUGCAUAGCAAUGGGCACGCCUAUGCCCACGAUUUCGUUGUACAUCACCGGUCGACUGGUACGGCAGGAGAUCACGCGCCAUAUGGUCACGGUCAUAAACAACGUGACGAGGGAUAUGGACCAGAUUUCGUGUUACGCCGACAACGGGUACGGCACGCCGAUGCAGGCGUCGAGAAAGAUCAUAAUCAGCCAUGGACCGCAUAUCCAAGCCACAGGCGUGACGAUAGCGGCGCUCGGCGACACGGUUAAGCUCGAAUGCAAAGUUGACGCUCAUCCCGAGCCGAAGAUGUUGUUUUGGAAAAGUCGCGAAGAUCGAACGCCCGUCAUUCAAGGGGGGAAGUACGAUAUCGCGGUUGAUCGAGUGCGCGACGAGGAGGAUCGGUACUCGAUGACGUUGUCGAUUAAGCAGGUUGCUGAGGUCGAUGUCGGUGACUAUUAUUGCCACGCGGAGAAUGCGUUCGGGGUCGCAACGCAAGCGGUGACUUUGCGCGUUCGAAAUGUGGCGACCUCGAACAAUGUGACCCAGUGUUGCAUUGAGCAGAACGUCACGUCGCCCUGCAUGGUGGCCUGCAGUUUCUAUUUGGACAUCGACUCGGUGAUCGACAAGCCGGAGUGCAUCAACGACUUUGACAAGCUGAUGAAGUGCGCGGCUGAUGGUUCCGAUCAUCGCAGUUGCUGUUCGCAGUGGGGGGUGCCGAAGAGGUGCCUGGAUUGGUGCCGAGGCGAACCUCUCUUCAACAACAAACUGUGCGUGCUUAGCUACACCAAGCAAAUAAUGAGCUGCUUCCACGAAGGCCGCGACAAACUACCGGGACCACCUCAGAAUAUUCGCGUCGAGCCCGUGGACGCCCACUCGGUAAACGUCCUCUGGGAUCCCCCAGUUAAAAACCCACACACCGUUGAGAUGUACAGGAUCUUUUGGAAAUUGGUACACGCCGACAGCAAUCCCACGCAACGCUUCGACACCCCCGAAACGCACUACAAGAUCAGCGGACUAUUGGAGGGUGCCGUUUACGAGUGCGUGAUAAAGGCGGGCAACCACAGAGGAACCUCGACCUUGAGCGACGCGAUCAAGUUCACCGCCGGCGACAAAUACAUAACGCUAGCUGCCAGCCAAGACGAAAACGUCUCCCAUACCGGAGUCGCUGUGGCAGUCGUCUCCGCGCUGAUUGUAGUCGCCGCAAUUGUCGCCGCAGCCGUUUGGUUUGUACGCACCAAAAGGUUACUGGUAGGUAAGAAUUCCGGAGGGGUGGCAUUUGAAAACCCGAGCUACCUCCGUGAGGUGAACAUGGACCACAUACAGGUACCGCAGGGACAAUCGGAAAGCUCGAUGUCGAACGGAACGGCGAAUGGCAUCGCGGUCUCCUCCUCUUCAGGCGGCCAGGGUUGGAAGCAGGAACCGUUACACGUGCCUCUCUCGCAAGAAGUCAAUCCAACUCUCUACGAAGAAUUGAAGCUCGGUCAAGAUGGCGUUGGUUUUAAACGGCUCAAACCCUAGUAUGAGGUUAUUCUUAGUGACGGUGACGAAUCGAGAUUUUAAGACGCAUUGUGCGACUACAGGAUGUGAUCGGUGUAUUAUAGCAAAUUUUAGUAUAAUUUAGAGAUAAGGUAAAAAAAAUGUGAUUGACUAGAUGAUUAAUACAUACCUACAUCCACCGGCACUAAGCAGCAGUCCGAAUAUUUUGCACAGUAAGUAAAUCAAUCAGCAAUACCGCAUGUUCGCUGAUGGCGACAGAUUUGCUGGCGAAAGGCAUUCAUUUUGCGUGUAUUGCUGAUUGUUUCAUUUUGCACUGUUAUAAGGCCAUUAAUGACGUCCAACAUUUCUAGACAUACGUAAUUUGUCCGAUAACCCCUUGCGUCGUUAUUUUUCGCACUAUCUACAGGGUGUUCUGGUGUUCGAUGACAAAAAAAAAGGUGACGAUCUAUAGAAGACCCUGUACGAGUGCGUAUUUGAUUCUCAAAGACCAGCACUUUAAGGCAUUUACCAUUCGUGUGGUAAGAAGAGGACGUCCACCUGACAUUCCGCUACCGUUGUGUAGACUUGCUCCAUCUAGUCGCUAACUUUAAUGUUAUUUUUUUUAUAUAAACUAAUGCUCUCCAAUGUAAAUUAAUAUAGAUACCUGACAUAGACAUAUACAUAUUGUUAAAUAGUAAUUUUAAGAUGGGAAAGCAUGUAUUAACGCAUACAUGUAUCUGUGCCUUUUUCUAUCGUCUGACUUUAUCUGGGGGAACUCAUACCUAGUUCAAUUUAUACAUAACUGUUUGAAAUGAUUAGGGAUUAGGAACAAAAUAAAGAAAAGAUGACAGUCA